AUGGCGGCCUCCACCCCUGAAGGCAUGAUGGAGACCCAGGACAAAAGACAGCAGUUCGGGAACCGGUUCCUGAGCGAUCAGGCGCGCAUCUUCCACUACAAUGCAUGGGACAAUGUGGAGUGGUCAGAGGAGCAGGCCGCAGCGGCGGAGAGGAAAGUGCAGGAGAACAGUUCCCAGCGGGUGUGCCCAGAGAAGCAAGUUGAUUAUGAAGUCAAUGCCCAUAAAUACUGGAAUGACUUCUACAAAAUUCAUGAAAAUGGAUUUUUCAAGGAUCGACACUGGCUUUUUACCGAAUUCCCUGAACUGUCACCCAGUCACAAUCCCCUGAUGGACUUACCCCUGGACAGCGAGAAGAGUGAGGUCUCUAAAGACAGAAGCGGUGAGGACGGCCCUGGCUUAACCACAGAGCGGCACGGGUGUUCUUGGACCAGCCGUGGAUGUGACACUCAGGGGCCUCCUGUGGAAGAGACUGUGACUCGGGAGCUCAGUCACCUAGAAAUCUGUGGUGAUGGAUUUCCUGGGUCCUCGGCCACCUACCGAAUCCUUGAGGUUGGGUGUGGUGUAGGAAACACAGCCUUCCCAAUUCUACAGACUAACAACAACCCAAACCUCUUUGUUUACUGUUGUGAUUUUUCUGCCACGGCUAUUGAAGUGGUCAAGACAAAUUCAGAAUAUGAUCCUUCUCGAUGUUUUGCCUUUGUUCAUGAUCUGUGCGAUGAAGAUCAAAGUUACCCAAUGCCCGAGGGCAGUCUUGAUGUCGUCGUCCUUAUAUUUGUCCUCUCAGCAAUCGUUCCAGACAAGAUGCAGAAGGUUAUCAGCAGGCUCAGCCAGCUCCUGAAGCCUGGAGGGGUGAUGCUUCUUCGAGACUAUGGCCGCUAUAACAUGGCUCAGCUUCGAGUUAAAAAAGGUCAAUGUCUCUCUGGAAAUUUCUAUGUGAGAGGUGAUGGCACCAGAGUUUACUUCUUCACACAAGAUGAGCUGCACGCACUCUUCACCGCUGCGAGUCUGGAAAAGGUGCAGAACCUGGUGGAUCGCCGCUUGCAGGUGAACCGAGGCAAACAGCUGACCAUGUACCGAGUCUGGAUUCAGUGCAAAUACAGCAAGCCUCUCCUGCCAGGUGUCAGCAGAGAGGUGCCCGUGCCCCACACCACAUGA